AACUAGCACUGAAAGGAUUCAAGGAACCCUCGCAGCAACAGACAGACAGGCAAUCCCUCGCCGGAUGCCCUUUUCUCUUUCGAAUCCAAUUGAUUUCUUCGGUUUUUUCCUUUAAAUUCUUCCUCAAAUUCCCAUUAAUGGCAACCGCAACUCACUCAAGCCCCUCAAAACAGAACAAGAAGAAGCCUCGCCAAAACCCAGAGUCUCAAUUCCACUUCAAUCUCAAUUCAUGCUCCAAAUCCAAAGACCUUCGUGGCGCUAUCGCCCUGUAUGAAACUGCAGUUUCACAAAACACUCGUGUCAGUCAUCACCACUUGAACACUCUCCUCUACCUCUGCUCACAAGCUGUUACCGACCCAUCAACCAAAGAGCUAGCAAUUGAACACGGGUUUCGAAUUUUCAAUCACAUGGAAUCAAUUGGUAUUAAGCCCAAUGAGGCAUCCAUCACGGCCGUCUCUAGGCUCGCUGCUGCAAAAGGAGACGGUGAUUAUGCUUUUGAAUUGGUUAAAAGGAUGGGGGAGUACGGAAUCACACCCCGGCUGCGCACGUAUGAUCCAGCAUUGAUAUCUUUUACAGGGAGUUUGCAGGCGGACAAGGCCUACGAGGUAGAGGAGCAUAUGGUUGGAGUAGGGGUGAUUGCAGAGGAGCCAGAAAUUGCUGCAUUGUUGAAGGUCAGUGCAGAAACGGGAAGAGGGGAAAGAGUUUAUGGGUACUUGCAGAAAUUGAGGAAAACAGUGAGAUGUGUGACUGAGGAUACCGCAAAUAUUAUUGAGGAUUGGUUUCGUUGUGAAAAGGCUAGUGAGGUUGGGUCACUUCAUUACAAUGUGGGUUUGGUGAAGGAUGCGGUUUCAAGAAAUGGGGGAGGAUGGCAUGGACUUGGGUGGUUAGGAAGAGGAAAGUGGCAUGUUAGGAGAGGGGAUGUGGAUUCGAGUGGCCGGUGUUGCUCUUGUGGUGAUCAGUUGGUUUGUGCUGAUAUUGAAGACACAGAGACACGGAGAUUUGCACAAUCAGUGGCUGGAUUGGCCAUGGAAAGGGAAGUCAAGGCUAAUUUCAGUGAAUUUCAGGAUUGGCUGGAAAAACAUGCUGAUUAUGAAGCCAUAGUGGAUGGAGCAAAUGUUGGGCUCUACCAACAAAAUUUUGCUGAUGGUGGGUUCAGCGUUUCUCAGCUUGAUGCUGUUGUGAGAGAUUUAUAUAAUAGGAACGAAAAGAGAUGGCCACUUGUUAUCUUGCAUGGUAAACGUCUUCGGGCUCUUCUUGAAAAUCCUACCCACAGCAAGCUGGUUGAGGAGUGGAUGGGAAAUGGUGUUCUUUAUGCUACGCCACCAGGUUCUAAUGACGAUUGGUAUUGGAUAUAUGCUGCUGUUAAACUUGGGUGUUUACUUGUGACUAACGAUGAAAUGCGAGACCACAUUUUUGAAAUUGUGGGUAGCAGGUUCAUCCUCAGGUGGAAAGAAAGGCAUCAAGUUCGGUAUACGUUUCUUAAAGGUAACUUGAGACUUCAGAUGCCGCCCCCAUAUUCCUUAGUCAUCCAGGAAUCAGGAAAUGGAUCAUGGCAUGUGCCUAUAGCAGGCACCAGUUCUGAGGAGUCUGUGAAGACUUGGCUCUGCAUUACCAGGCCCGGUGUUUCUGAUGCUCUCUCCCCCAAUGAACCUCAAGUGGAUAAUGAAAUUCGAGGAAGCGGCCAUGCAUCUUUUGAGAAGGAAUUGUUGAAAUCAUGUGAUCAGGCCACCGUUACAAGUCACAAUAGCAAAAAUGAAAGCCAAGAUAUCUCUCAUAGAUCUAUCACCGAAUGUGCAGCUACGACUGGAAAAAGAAAAAAGAGGUCUCCAUCUCCAUCGCCUUCACAAGGUCAUCUUUUGUCAAACUAAUUAAUUCAUUUUUUUCAGGACCACCACCCACCUUUAUCUAUUGAUUGCUUGUUAUGGAAGCACCUGUAGGGUUGAUAUGAUCUCCACCAUGUGAGAUGGUUUCUAUAUACUAUCUUCAGAAACAUGUUGCGAGGAAUUUAGCCUCAUGACACUAUGCUAGAGCUAGCGCGCAUCAGCAACCUGUCGGAAACCGAUGGCUUUCAGAUUUAAGAUAUGUAUCCCUCUGUUCUUGUUGUUUCAUUAUCGUGGGAAGUUGUAUGUUUGUUUAAUGAACAAAAAUCAUUCAAUAACUUUAUUUGAUCAAACAAAUUAAAACAGUGUGCUGACAAAUUACAGUUGAUAUCCAUAUAUAGUACCAAUCUUCUU